AUGGCCGCCCACGACCUAGGCCGCACCGCUUCGGCGGGCUCCUCGUCGGACGCCAAGAACUCUUCCAAGGAGGAGAUCAGCGACGUGCCCCAGCUCGACAAUGUCGAGGCCACCCUGAAGCGCGACUACGUCGACCACCGCCUCAACGACCCCAACAUGGAGACCGAGAAGAUCGACCAGGUCGAGGCCACCCUCGAGCGCGGCGACUACAAGGCCGAGGUCCAGCUCGAGGAGGAGCUCGAAGAGGACUCGCCCUACCCCGAGGUCCGCGCCGCCGUCUCCAACGUCGACGACCACACCAUGCCCGUCAUGACCUUCCGCACCUGGGUCCUCGGCAUGCUCUUCACCAUCGUCAUCCCCGGCCUCAACCAGCUCCUCAGCUACCGCUUCCCCACCCUCACCAUCAGCUCCUUCGUCACCCAGCUCCUCUGCUACCCCAUGGGCGUCUUCAUGGCCAAGGUCCUGCCCGAAAAGGUCAUCAAGACGCCUUUCGGCAGCUUCACCCUCAACCCAGGCCCCUUCAACGUCAAGGAGCACACUGUCAUCACUGUGAUGUCAAAUGUGACCUACCAACGCGCUUACUCCUCGCAGAUCGCGGCCGUCCAACGGGUCACUUACGGCUACGACUGGGGCUACGGCUGGAUCUUGAUGAUCACUCUCAGCUCGCAGCUGAUGGGCUUCUCGUUUGCCGGCGUCUUCCGCCGCUGGCUCGUCUGGCCGGCUGCGAUGAUCUGGCCCGGCAACCUGGGUAACACGGCGCUCAUGACGGCGCUCCACCGACAGGUCGACGUCGGCGAGAACCACAUGUCGCGCUACAAAUUCUUCAUGCUGUCGUGCCUCGGCGCCUUCUGCUGGUACUGGUUCCCCGGCUACAUCUUCACCAUGCUCAGCACCGGCAACUGGUUCUGCCUCAUCGCGCCGGACAACGUCGUCCUCAACCAGCUGCUCGGCACGCAGCAGGGCCUCGGCCUCAUCCCGCUCACCUUUGACUGGACCCAGGUGACGUACGUCUCCAACCCGCUCUACACGCCGUGGUGGGCCGAGGCCAACGUGCUCGGCGGCUUCGUCGUCGCCUACUGCAUCAUUGGCCCCAUCCUCUACUACAACAACGUCUGGAACACGGCCUACCUGCCGUUCCUCGCCUCGGGCACCUACGACCGCUUUGGCAAGAAGUACAAGGUGGCCAAGGUCACGACCCCGGACCACCUCCACUUCGACCCCGUCGGCUACAACAACUACUCGGAGGAGUACUUUACGAUCUCGUACUCGAUGGCCUUCGCCCUCUCGUUCGCCGCCAUCACGGCCGUCAUCGUCCACGUCGUCCUCUUCCACGGCAAGCAGAUCGUCCAGCAGCUGCGCUCCUCGUACGACGACGAGAAGGACGUCCACGCCCGCCUGAUGCAGCGCUACCCCGAGGUGCCCAAGUACUGGUACGCCAUCCUCUUCCUCAUCACGUUCGGCCUCGGCGUCGGCGGCAUCCAGGGCUGGGACACGGGCCUGCCCGUGUGGGCCUUUAUCAUCGCCAUGAUCCUCGGCUUCUUCUUCAUGCUGCCCGUCGGCGUCGUCCUCGCCAUCUCGAACCAGGAGGUCGGCCUCAACAUCCUCUCCGAGUUCAUCAUCGGCUACAUGAAGCCCGGCUCGGCGACGGGCAUGAUGCUCUUCAAGACGUUCUGCUACAUGAUCGUCUACCAGGGCCUCUCGUUCACCGGCGACAUGAAGUUCGGACACUACAUGAAGAUUCCGCCCAAGGACAUGUUCGUCGCCCAGGUGUCGGCCAUUGUCGUGUCGUCCUUCGUCGUCCUCGGCGUCCAGGAGUGGGUCUUCUCCAACAUCAAGAACAUCUGCACGCCCGAGGCCGAGAGCAACUUUACCUGCGCCAACGUCAUCGUCUUUGGCACCGCCUCGCAGAUCUGGGGCCUCAUCGGCCCCGCCGUCGUCUUCUCGCCGGGCAAGAUGUACGGCAAGCUGCUCUGGAUGUUCCUCGCCGGCGCCCUCGCACCCGUCAUUGUCUGGCUCAUCGCCCGCAAGUGGCCGCGCUCCUUUAUCCGCCUCAUCAAUGUGCCCGUCAUCCUCACCGGCACGGGCCUGAUCCCUCCGGCCACGGGCAUCAACUUUACCUCGUGGGCCCUCAUCGGCUUCGUCUUCCAGUACCUCGUGCGCAGGCGCCGCACCGGCUGGUGGACGCGCUACAACUACAUUUUCGGCUCGGCCCUCGACACGGGCACGGCCCUCGCCGGCGUCGUCAUCUUCUUCACCGUCGUCUUCCCGCAGGGCAAGAACCAGGCCUUCACCCAGGGCAACUGGUGGGGCAACACGGCCCAGUACGAGACGGCCGACGGCUUGGGCACCCCCUACAAGCAACUCGCAGCGGGCGAGAGCUUCUACCCGGCGCCAAAGGACUUCCGCCCCGCUCCCGUGCACUAG